AUGCCGGCACUCCUGUCCUCCUCAUCAGUGGAGGAGUAUACCGGCCUUCUCUCCAAGCGUGCAUCUAAUACUGCCCUGCAAGUCAAUGCGACACAGCGGACGACCAUCAUCGUCGCGUGUGUCUAUGCGGUAGUUAUCGUCAUCCUCUGGAGCUUUCCCAUUCUCAACUAUAUCAUCUACCCUUUCAAGCUACUGACCGUCGGCUUUCAUGAGGCAAGCCAUGCCAUCGUUGGGCUAUGCACUGGCGCAAGAAUUGAGAGCAUCACACUGGAGCCAAAUGAGGGCGGCGUGACUCGCAUGCGUGGAGGCAUCCCGCAUCUCUCUUUACCGGCCGGCUACCUCGGCUCUUCAUUGAUUGGAGCAGCGCUAAUCGCCUGUGGUUUUGAUGAGCGAGCGAGCAAGAUUGCAUCGAUCGUCGUCGGCGUCUUUUUCCUCCUCACCCUCUGGUGGGCACGGAGGGACUGGCUCACAUGGGUUCUCAUCAUCGGCAUGGCAGGCUUGAUUGUCGCAUUUUGGUUCAUCGCAGACUCCGUAGCCUUGCGUUACCUGAUCUUAUUUAUUGGUGUCAUGAACUCGCUCUAUUCUCUGUGGGAUAUUCUGGACGAUCUAGUUUUCCGCAAGGUGAACGAAUCAGAUGCGACGGCGUUCAGCAAGCUUGUCGGUGGUGCGCCGCAAUGUUGGGGCGUCAUCUGGUUUAUCAUCUCGAUGUGCUUUUUUGCCUGCGGCAUCAUCAUUGGGAUUGUCGCGUUCAAGGCUAGCGCAAGUGAGCAAAAGGCAGAUAAGUUCCUCGAUGUCGGGACUUAA